AUGAAGAGAGAGGGUCGUCAACACGGUGUUGUUCGGAGCUACAUGAUCCUGCCGACUACCUUGUCUCAACGAAAAUACGUAAAGACGGUAGACUCCGCCUCCGUCGCCGGUAUGUUCACCAAGGUAUCAAGGAAGCCAACAAAUCAGUCCAAGUUCACCGGGAAAUGUGGUAAGGCACGAUGCGUCGGUUGUCAUAUCCAUCCGGCAACUAAAUCGAAAGACAAGGCCAAGGGCACCAUGAAGUUGAGAUCAAUCGGAUCUGAUCCCGGAUUAAUUGGUUAUCCUACUGGUACGUCGGCUACCGGCGUUUUAGCUGACUUAGCUAGCGACGCAAGUUAUGAUGAUGGCGAUGAAUAUGCAAAUGAGGAUUGUGACUAUGAUUACCAUGAGGAUACUAAUUUUAACUUCGAAAUUGGGAUUGGACUUGCGUCGAUUGUAACAGAGGAGCAAAUUGGGGGUGAAGAUAAAGAUGAUUGUAUGAGUUAUUGUGAUGUAGGAUUGUGUUGGGGAGAAGGAGAUGCAGAUGAGAAUGGAGAUGAUGGAUGGUAUUUGGUUGGAGAUAUUCAGCAGUGA